GAGAGAGUGGGAAAAUACAAUAAUAAGAAAAACAAAGCAACUUUUGGAUCUACUUUCAUCGUGCUCGACGGCCCCCUCUCACUCCUUCCCUCCCUCCGCCACUCCCCCGGUAAAAACCUCUCGCACCGCCAUGAGGAUACGCAAGCACGCCAAGAUUUCUCCGUUAAUCUAUGCGACCUCGUCUCUCAAGCCCGGGACCCUCCUUCAGACUCAUGUUUGUCAGCUGAAUCAGUCGCCCUGGGACGUCAUGAGUUUCUCGCCGCCGUCAACUCCUCCGCCUCCUUCUCCGCUGUUCCAGGUCAAUGGAGAUUGUGUUUCUGCUGGAAAUGGGAGCUCAGAGCAUUGCAUUUCAGUUGGUGAAAGAGAGUUUGAUGCUGGCCGGCAUUGGGAAUAUUCCGAUGACUCCACCACUGUUAAGGCGGAGGAGCAGCCUCCUGCGAGAAACCAGCAAAUCAUUUUGUGCUGCAAGACGGACGGAAAGAGCUGGCAAUGCAAGAGGGAGGCCACCAAAGGAAAUUCAUUAUGCGAGCAUCAUUUAUCCUUGGUGAAAAACUACAACAGCCUGGCUCACCACGCCGCGAAGAAACCAGAAAAGCCAGCACCACCGGAGUCCCGCCGCCGUCCCCGUCCCAAGAAGGCCUCAUCCUCGUCGAAUCCGUAUGAAUUUUACUAUUAUUCAGGUUUCGGGCCACGGUGGGGCAAGAAGAGAGGCGAUCAAUCGACUUGCAAAAACAAUGGCAAUUGCAUCGUACCAAAAGUUGUUGAUGAUCAUGAACAUGAAAAGGAAGUGUCGAGACGAGUGGACGAUAAUGGAGAUGAGUUCGAUUAUGUUGAAUACGAAGACGAUGACGAAGAUAAUGAGGAGUUAGAGGAACGUAAUGGGAAUGGGAAAAAAAGAAUGCGAAAGCGGAUCAAGGCUAGGUCUCUUAAAUCCCUAAUGUAAAAUGAUGAAAUUGGUAUGAUUAUUAUUAUGGUUUUAAUUUGUAGGAGUAAGGCUUGUUUAAAUUUGGGUUGGGGUAGGGUAGGGUAGGGUAGGAUGGGUUUUUGUGUUGUACUUUGGGUGAGAUUAAGAUCGUCCCGAGAGUGUGAGUGAGAUGGAGACAUGGACAGGCACGUAUAUUAUUAUUGCUGCUUUGGGAUGAAUAUCGAGAAUACCUGAGGCUACAAUUGUCCUUUA